AUGCGCACGAAAUUGUUACGUCUCAUGGCCAUUCUCCUUCGCGAUACGGCCUUUGGUCGGAUGCUAAGCCUGUUCACCAAGCCAAGUGGCCUCAACGCUCAUCGUGCGACCGCAGAUACCGACAUCCAUCCGUCCAAGAAUGACCUUGUGCCCGAAGCAGUCUAUCUGGUGGAUUGGACCGGUCCUACGGACCAGGCCAAUCCCAGGAACUGGCCAUCAUGGCUCAAGCUGCUGGUUCUGUGCAAUGUGCUGAUAGUCAACCUCAGCUUUUACACGGCGCCAGGAAUCUACUCAGCCAGUAUGACUCCGAUCCAAGAAUCCUUGGGUGCCUCCUACGAGGUGGCCAUGCUUGGCCUCUCGUUGUUUGUCAUUGCGUAUGGUGUAGGCCCGCUGAUUUUGUCGCCCAUUUCCAAUUUGCCGGCCAUCGGUCGCACCCCGGUCUACGUGCUCGGCUCACUGGCCUUCUGUCUAUUCAGCAUCGGAGCUGCGUUGGCGAAGAACAUAGAGACCGUUAUCAUUCUCCGUGUUCUAGGUGGCCUAGUGGGGGCCUCUCCCACCUGUAUCGGUGGCACUACCAUUGCUGAGUUACUGGGCACCGCCGUGGUCGACCGCUGGGGUUCGUGGUCUGCAGCACUCUGGUUGAUCGCUGGAAUCGCCGCCAUGUCGACAGUGUUUAUGUUCUUCCUGCUCCCAGAAACUCUGGCCGACAACAUUCUCUAUCGUCGGGCCGCUCAUCUGCGCCAGGUAACUGGGGAUAACAGGUAUUGCAGCCCGAGUGAGGCGAAAACCACCGAGAAUAACCUGUUCCGGGCGAUGCUCGAGCAGAUCGCCGUUGACUUCCGACUCUCCUUCAUUGACCCUGUGAUCUUGUUCAUCAAUAUCCACACUAUGUUCAUAUACGGGAUUUUAUAUCUCUGGUAUGAGUUUUUCCCGUGCGUCUUCGGGGAAAUAUACGGCUUCACAGGAAUGGAACAAAGCUUUGCCUUCUUUGGUAUAUUCGUCGGCGCAGUCAUUUCCGUCAGCUCCUACAUGCUCUGGAUCCAUUACUAUUUCCAGCCCCAUGUAACCCGAAAGGAGGCAAACAACGAAAUCGUCGAACCCGAGGAGCAAAUCCUGCCAGGUGCAGUGGGAGCAAUUUGCAUCCCUAUCUGCCUCUUCAUAUUCGGCUGGACCUCCCGUGAAGAUGUCCACUGGAUCCUCCCUAUCAUCGGCACCGCCUUCUUUGCCCCGGGAUUCCACCUCACGUUCCAGACCGUUCUCAACUAUCUGGGCCAAUCAUACCCAAGCCAUGUCGCUGGCGUCUUUGCCGGCAACGCUUUCUUCCGCAGCGCAUUUGGCGGAGCGUUGCCACUCGCUGCCAGACGCAUGCUGCAAUCGCUCAGCAUCGGAUGGGCUUCUAGUGUUCUGGGCUUCAUUAGUCUCGGCAUGAUCCCGCCCCUCUUUGUCUUGUACCGGUACGGCCAGAAAUGGCGCUCGUCGAGUAAAUAUGCAAGCAAGUAA